GGAAAACUCUCCUUAUAAUCACUAACGGCCUGCCUGCAUACUUCAUAACCCUUGCUAAUACCCAUCCCCUCCCCCCUCAGCUCUAUCGCAAUGGCGGAAUUGGAACCCAGGCUUCCAUCAGAUCCACCGGUUCUCGACAAUGGGAAGAAGAAGCUGAAAUACCUUGAUUUCGUCCAAGUUGCCGCGGCGUACGUCGUCAUUUGUCUCUCCUCCCUCUACCAAUACGCCAAACAGAACUCCGGUCCCCUGAGACCCGGCGUCCAGACCGUCGAAGGUACCGUCAGAACCAUCGUCGAACCUGCGUAUGACAAACUCCACGACGCCAGUUUCCAUCUUCUCAAGUUCGUAGAUCGCAAGGUGGACGACUCCGUGAUCGAGUUGGACCAUCACGUGCCGUCCCUUCUAAAGCAGGUCUCGCGCCAGGCCUUGGAUGCAGCUCGGGAGCUGCGCCGGCGCGGCUUGGCCUCCACGGCCAAGACGGCUUACGUGAAGUACGAGCCCACCGCGAAGGAACUCUACGGCAAGUACGAAAUGAUGGCGGAGCAGUAUGCAGUGGCGGCUUGGCGCAUGCUUAACCGGCUCCCACUGUUCCCUCUAGUGGCUCAUGUGAUGGUGCCGACUGUUGCCUAUUCGGCGGAGAAGUACAACCAGGCCGUCACCUACGCAGCCGGGAAAGGCUAUACGGUGUCGUAUUACCUGCCAGUAGUGCCCAUAGAGAGAAUCUCCAAAACGUUUCAAGAACACUGCAUUGAUGAUCAGCCUCCCAAUUGCCCUUCCUACGUCGCCUAACACUAACAGUAACAGUAAUACUAUAUUUAUUUGAUUGCCAUAACCAUCUUGGCUGGAUGAUGAUGAUGCACACAUCCAAUAUUUUCAUUGUAAUGUUGUCAGACAAUAGUUUAUUUGGAUUUGUUUUGGCCCCAUUCCGAGCCUCAUCUAAU